AUGUAUUCUCACAGCUCAACUUCCUCGCCAGACAUUCUUGGGACCCCUGGCGACGCCGAUUAUCUAAUCUCCUCGCCGAUCAAACCAUUUCCCGGUCGCCAGAGCAUCAUGUCGCCCGCGAAUUUUAAACUGCUACAUACACCACAAACAGGCAAAGGCAAAAAGUCGCGCGCCAGCUUUACCCCCGGACGAAGCGCGCAUUCAAUCCGAUUUGAUGAUGUUUUGCUCCCUGUAUCGCCGGCAAUGAAGCUAGAUGGAGGGCAACGGGCUUUGUCUCCGGACAAGACCCAGGCAGAUGGUAAUGCUAGUCCGUGGAGGAUUCGAGUGACGUUGGAGGCGACACAAGACGAGGAACCGAACCAAGAGAGCCCUGCACGCAAGCGCCUUCGACCUUCGAUGACGACUACUACGAAGAUCCCCCUGAAGGGCGAGGAGGGUGCCACAGAGGAGACCCCGCGAAGACGCAGAGGUCGUCCACGAAAAUCAGAUAUCUUAGCGCAUGAUGCGACUCCGAUUCCAGGCAGCCCGGGGCAUACUCCCGGACCCGCAGGUACGAGUGGACAGAAAAGGAAACGGGGUCGACCGAGAAAAAAUCCUGCACCGGUCCCGGAUGCAGUAGAGAAGCAACCGGAUACCCAGGGAAUGGAUGAAGCGCCUCCUACUAUUGAAGCACCUCCUGUUAUCGAGCCUGAAAAGAGCUGGAGCCCUUUAAAUCUUGCUGCUGACGCUGAUUCGGAUGAUGGCUUGCCCGAUAUUCAAGACUUUGGGGAUCCAUUUGAAACCGAGAACCGGAGCUCUCCUCGAGUAAGAUUUGAGCAAACAUUUGAUACUCCCCAUGUUAACUCGCCGGAUGACCCUUAUACGCAAAACCCCAAUGGCAAUUGGGAUUCAACCCCCUCGAAGAUGCCGUCCCCCUCGCGGGAGAGCCAAAUAGUCUCCCCUGAUAACACCCUACAUGCCGGCCAUACACCUAUGCCACCACGUACCUACCCAACUCCAACCUCUUCAUCCUUAGUUGACGAUGAGAAGCAAGGACCAGAGCCAUCAGCCAAUCCGACGUCGAAUGGCGAUUUUCUCCAAAGCGAAGCGCCCCCUUCUCAUUUCCCUACGGAUGAACCAAAAGAAUUUGAUUCCAUUAUGGAGAGUGAAGGAUUCAGCAUGGUUUCUUUGGAUACAUUACCGUCAGCUAAACAACAUGCCCUUAACGCUGAUGGAAAUGCCAAGCAAGCUAAGAGCGCUCUUAAACGGGUUUUGGACCAAGACACCAUUGGAACAUUAAAACGAAGGAACCGCGACCAUAACACGAGUGAUGCCCCAAAAGCACAGCCAAAGGUAUCAUUAACCCAACCACAAACAACCGACGACAUCCCGCAAUCCGAUCCUGUAUUGGAACGGCUGUCGUCGAGUGAGACGCCUAGGUCGGUCAGAGGCCUGCAGUCCUUUACGUCGCCUUAUGCAUUGUCGACACCCAAACCUACUACAUGGCAAAAAGGUCCAUUACUUAGAUUGGCUAGGUUGGUUCGCGUAGGCAUUGCGCUGGAGGGAACCAUGAGGCAUGCAUAUGAAUCGGAGGAUACCUUGUCGAGUCCUCUAAUUCCCAACUCCGGGGACCAAAUUUCAGACAUGGCGGCGUCUAGGAAGCGAUUGGAGCUUCUUUUCGAUGACUUAAACCCGGAGGUACAGCAAGAAUUGCGAUUGGGCCUGGCAUUCGGCCACGAACUUGCGAAAAGGCGAAGACAAGCGGAGAUAGAAACCGCUAAACAGCUGAGAGCUGCAGAACCGAAUGUCACGGAUACACCCCCCCGGAUAAAUGAGGGCCAAAACAAAUCCAAGACGCCGCUUCAGAGAUUAAACGGCCGGGGGGCUUUGAGGUCCCCGAGCACUAUGAUGAAGCGGAGAAUGGAGGAGUGGCAGAAAGAGAGAGAGGCCAUUAGUAAAGAGAUCCAGAUGGCAAAUUCGAGUCAAGUCAUUGUGAUCGGCAGCGAUGACGGCGAGCAAGAAAACCCUGUUAGCAAUGCGUACUCUCAUGAGUCUUCACUUGAACACGAGCGGCAGCCUGAGUUAGAUCGGGGAUCCCAUCUCGAAGCAGAAGUGGAGCCAGGUGAUGAACUGUCUGAUGACGUUGACAUUGACCAAGAAGAUCAGUACCAGAAUCAUUAUCCUUACGAUGACGGAUUUGAAGAACAAGAUGAUGAUGAUGCAUAUGAAGACAUCUGGCAGCAAGAAGCACAUAACAGAGACGAUGCCUCCGAUCACUCACCCUAUGAGAAUCAAGGCAACGGGUCACUGGAACAGGAAUCUAGUCCUUGGAUGAAUGGUUCUUCCAAGGCACAAAGCGAGGACGGCAGCUUUUCUCCAGAUUACCGGAUAAGCCAACGAGACAAAAUGCCGUCUAUGGGGUGGUCACGAGUCAGACAGCUCCGCGAGCAAGAGGUAGAUAUCUCCGCUCUAUUGCGUGCAGAAUAUACACCCAAGCGGUCGCGCUAUUACUACGGGAAGAGCAGCCCAAUGAGUUCGGCCAAAAGUAAACCUCCAAACGGCUCACCAUCGUCUAUACCAUCCGAGGAAGAGGGAGAUGCUCGCGAUAACGUACCCGGGCAUGAUCUACAGUCGGAUGUUUAUCUAGAAUCAAGUCCUCGCAGAGAAUCAGACGAUGAAACAUUUCUCAUUGACCCAACCACAAGGCAUGAGAAUUCUUGGCAACUCGCUCAUCCGCAGCUGGAUGCAAAUGGAGACCAGAGUAUUCCCGAUGCCGCGGUAGCCGAGCCGCUGGCAGCGCGUGGUACUCCUGAGCGUCCGCAGCCAGCGAACGCUGAUAUACAGGGAUCAUCCUGGUUCCAGAAAAUUACCAGUCUUACACCUGGUUGGUUGAAAGCUCCAGGUAGGAGAUUGGGAAAGCGUCCUAGCCCCCCGGUAAGCGAAGCUGUUUCUGGCUAUAACGAACAGGUAGGAGAGGUAGAAGCAGAAGCGAAUGAACGAGAUGGGGAAGAAAAUGAAGAGUCCAGUGUCGAGCCAGCACAGCUUGACAACAAUGAUGGCGCGGAGACCACGGAAGAACAAGGUGUGGAUGACCAAGACCUGGAAGAAACGCCAAAGCCGCUUCCUCAAUUUGCGAGAGAAGAUGGACGGCUUGGUUCUUCGGCCUCUAGACCUGGCCAGAUGCUUGACGAAACACACGCGACUCCAAAUAUGGAAACGAAUGGGGAGACAUACGAACGUCAGUUUCCGCUGGCACUCUCCGGAUAUUUCUCUGAUGAUCACUAUCUGUUUCUCCGGCAUCUGUAUCGUUUAGCGAAAAGACACCCGGAACGCUUUCCGUACUACCCCUCUACUGGCCGACCGGGCAUUAUAGGUGACUGGAUAUGGACUUCGGACGGGGCCCAUGGAGUCCCUAUUACAGAGCGCCAGUUUGCGAUUGUCGACCGAUUUGUGCAAGAACUGGCCAAGGCCGACAUACAGGCUGGUGGAACAGGUCAAGUCGGCUGGACGGAAGCCGAUUUGCACAGGAGGCUGAUCAGCAUCAUCAUUGGCGAAGAGGUCCGCAAAAAGAGGAAAGUCCAGGUGUAUGAAGGGCAGCAGAGAGAAGAACCUUUGUGA